AUGCUUGAUGGCAACUCCCAGGCGGUCCUAGGGGAUUCUGGCCCCGGAUCGCUACUAUCGUCUCCUCCGAUCCCAGCAUUCCAACCUGCAAAGUCUCAGCCCUUCUGUGGAGACGUCGAGGGCUGGGGUCCCUUGAGCAGAUUUCGAUUCGAUUUGACACCAUGUUUCCUGGAUUUGACUGUGGCAAUCGUUGCAGGAUGGGGGAUCAUUAUGGGGGCCGGAGCCCUCUGGUUCUUGCUCAAGAAGCGGAUUCCUCAACCGGUCUCAAAGAACUGGCAUUUUUACGCCAAAUUGGUUGUUCUCGCCGCUUUGAUGUUCACCACCGCUCUACAAGCUGCGAUCCAAGUCGAAACCUACACGAAAAUCUGGAUCGCUGAUUUCCGGUUCUGGAGCUCGGUCAUUGUUUUCGCCUCGCUUGGUGUGAUCUUCUCGGUGCAGUACUACGAACACUGGCGCAGCAGGCAGCCAAACGGCGUCGUCCUUUUCUACUGGCUUUUCUUCGUCAUCGCUUAUGGGGUGAAGCUGCGCUCGCUCGUUGCACGAGGCGUGUACAAGGAUAACCUACCUUACUUCGUAUGCUUUAAUGUGAGCCUCGGCCUGGCGAUCAUCGAGUUCGGCCUGGAGUACCUUGUACCCAAGAAGCAGAGCGCCUACGACGCUCUGGGUGACGAGGAUGAAUGCCCGUAUGAGUACGCGGACAUCUUCUCCGUGCUUACGUUCAGCUGGAUGACCCCGAUGAUGAAAUUUGGAUACAAGAAUUUCCUCACCCAGGACGACCUGUGGAAUCUUCGUCGCCGUGACACAACCAGCGUCACCGGACAGACACUGGAGGAGAAAUGGAACGAAGAGCUGGAGAAGAAGAAACCGUCUCUGUGGCUGGCGCUGUUCAAGGCAUUUGGUGCACCAUAUCUGCGAGGCGCCAUUAUCAAAUGUGGCAGCGACGUUCUCGCUUUCGUUCAGCCUCAAUUGUUGCGUGUCCUGAUCAGCUUCAUCAGCUCCUACCGUACAGAAGAGCCGCAGCCGAUCAUCCGAGGUGUUGCGAUCGCCCUUGCGAUGUUCCUCGUCUCGGUGUCGCAGACCAUGUGCCUCCACCAGUAUUUCCAGAGAGCUUUCGACACCGGUAUGCGUGUGAAGUCGGCGUUGACGGCUAUGAUUUACGCCAAAUCUCUCCGCCUUUCCAGUGAAGGCCGUGCCUCCAAAACCACUGGCGAUAUUGUAAACCACAUGGCUGUCGAUCAGCAGCGUCUGUCUGAUCUGACCCAGUUCGGUAUGCAGCUGUGGUCGGCGCCGUUCCAAAUCACCUUGUGCAUGUUGUCUCUGUACCAGCUCGUUGGAGUCAGCAUGUUUGCUGGUAUUGGCGUGAUGAUCCUCAUGAUCCCGUUAAAUGGCAUGAUCGCUCGGAUGAUGAAGAGACUUCAGCUGGUGCAGAUGAAAAACAAGGAUUCGAGAUCGAGACUCAUGACGGAGAUCCUGAACAACAUGAAGAGUAUCAAGCUCUAUGCCUGGAACACUGCUUUCAUGAACAAGCUCAGCCAUAUCCGUAAUGACUUGGAAUUAAACACUCUCCGCAAGAUCGGCGCAACACAGUCGAUCGCCAACUUUACCUGGCAGUCCACUCCUUUCCUCGUCUCCUGUUCGACUUUCACCGUCUUCGCCCUCACGGAUAGCCGGCCCCUGACUACUGACGUGGUCUUUCCGGCUUUGACGCUGUUCAAUCUGCUGACAUUCCCGCUUUCGAUUCUGCCGAUGGUCAUCACUUCCAUCAUCGAAGCCUCCGUGGCUGUCAACCGUCUGACGGAGUACUUCACUGCGGAGGAGCUACAGACUAACGCUGUCAAGUACGAGGACCCUGUGCCUCACGUUGGUGACGAGUCUGUCCGGAUUCGCGACGCGUCCUUCACCUGGAACAGACACGAUGGCUCGCAUGUUCUGGAGAAUAUCGACUUCAGUGCUCGCAAAGGCGAGCUUACAUGCAUCCUGGGUCGUGUCGGCGCCGGAAAGUCCUCGCUUCUCCAGUCUCUUCUGGGGGACCUAUGGAGAACCGAGGGCGAGGUUGUCGUUCGAGGCCGCAUCGCGUAUGUAGCUCAAUCCGCCUGGGUGAUGAAUGCCAGUGUUCGCGAAAACAUUGUUUUUGGACAUCGGUGGGAUCCGCAGUUCUAUGAACUGACCGUCGAGGCCUGCGCCUUGUUGGACGACUUCAAGAACUUGCCGGAUGGCGACCAGACUGAAGUUGGCGAGAGAGGUAUAUCACUUUCUGGUGGCCAAAAGGCUCGUUUGACUCUCGCAAGAGCUGUGUAUGCUCGUGCCGACAUCUAUCUCUUGGAUGAUGUUCUCUCUGCUGUCGACCAACAUGUGGGCAGACACCUUAUCAACAGGGUUCUUGGACGCAACGGCCUUCUCAACAGCAAAACUAGGAUUCUCGCGACCAACGCCAUUCCUGUCCUGAAGGAAGCGGAUUUCAUUGGGCUGUUACGUAACAAGACUCUGAUCGAAAAGGGCACGUAUGAGCAACUCAUGGCUAUGAAGGGAGAGGUUUCUAAUCUUGUCCGGACGACCAUGAAUGAGUCGGAUGAUGAGAGCAGCGGCAGUGGUCUUACUAGUCCCGAAAGCUCUGAGUCGGCUACUGUGGUUGAAAAUGUUGACUCUGACAUUUCGGAUACGGAAGCUGAACAAGAAUUUGGAUCGCUUCUUCCCAUCAGGUCAAGUGCUGGCCGACGAACCAGCACCGUCACUCUCCGACGUGCUAGCACCGCCAGCUGGCAAGGCCCUCGCCGCAAGCUUGGUGAUGAAGAGAACGCAUUGAAGAGCAAGCAAACCCAGGAGACGUCUCAGCAGGGCAAAGUCAAAUGGAGCGUUUAUGGAGAAUAUGCUAAGAACAGCAACAUCAUUGCUGUUGGAUUCUACCUGCUCGCCUUGCUGGGUGCUCAAACUGCCCAGGUUGCUGGCAGCUACUGGCUUAAACAUUGGGCGGAUUUGAGUGAUAUGAACUUGCACCCCAACAUCGGCAAGUUCAUUGGUGUCUACCUGGCAUUCGGACUUGGUUCUUCUCUCUUGGUUAUCCUGCAAAAUCUCAUCCUCUGGAUCUUCUGCUCUAUUGAGGCGUCCCGGAAGCUUCACGAACGCAUGGCCUUCUCUAUUUUCCGUUCCCCCAUGAGCUUCUUCGAGACGACUCCCUCUGGGCGGAUUCUGAACCGUUUCUCGAGCGACAUUUACCGCAUUGACGAGGUCCUCGCUCGUACAUUCAACAUGUUGUUCGGAAACUCGGCCAAGGCAAUCUUUACGAUGAUAGUCAUCUCCAGCUCGACCCCCGCGUUCGCCUUGUUUAUCAUUCCUCUUGGAUAUGUAUAUCUCAGCUAUCAGAAGUAUUACCUGCGAACUUCUCGGGAGUUGAAGCGCCUGGACAGUGUCACCCGAAGCCCCAUCUAUGCUCAUUUCCAGGAAUCUCUGGGUGGUAUCUCGACCAUCCGCGCCUACCGGCAGGAAGAUCGGUUCGCUCUCGAGAACGAGUGGCGUAUGGAUGCCAAUCUCCGUGCCUAUUUCCCGUCAAUCAGUGCCAACAGAUGGCUGGCUGUCCGUCUUGAGUUCAUUGGAUCUGUCAUCAUUCUGGCAUCCGCGGUCCUCUCUAUCAUCGCUGUCGCGACCACCGGGAUUUCGGCAGGAAUGGUCGGUCUGGCUAUGUCUUAUGCCCUUCAGAUCACCCAGUCAUUGAACUGGAUUGUUCGACAGACGGUGGAAGUUGAAACGAACAUCGUCUCCGUCGAACGUGUGCUGGAGUAUGCCAGCCUUCCAAGUGAAGCGCCAGAUGUCAUCUUCAAACACCGGCCGGCAAUCGGCUGGCCGGCGCAAGGCGCCGUGUCCUUCAAGGGCUACAGCACUCGCUAUCGCCCGGGAUUGGACCUUGUGCUCAAGGACAUCGAUUUGGACAUCAAGCCCCAUGAGAAGAUCGGUGUGGUCGGCCGUACGGGCGCCGGAAAGAGCUCUCUUACACUGGCUCUUUUCCGCAUUAUCGAGCCCACUAGUGGCAGCAUCAACAUCGACGGGUUGAAUGUGUCUACGAUUGGCCUGUUCGACUUACGUGGGCGACUUGCCAUUAUUCCACAAGAUCCUGCGAUGUUUGAAGGGACUGUACGCGACAACCUGGACCCUCGACAUGUGCAUGACGACACCGAACUGUGGAGUGUGCUCGAGCACGCACGACUGAAGGACCACGUUGCGAGCAUGGAGGGCCAGCUGGAUGCUCGAGUACAGGAAGGAGGAUCGAAUCUCAGCCAAGGCCAGCGCCAGCUGGUGUCUCUUGCACGGGCGCUAUUGACACCUAGUAACAUCCUGGUACUGGAUGAGGCAACAGCGGCGGUGGACGUGGAAACGGAUGCAUUGCUUCAACGCACGUUGCGCAGUAGCAUCUUCCAGGAUCGCACGAUUAUUACCAUCGCCCACCGCAUCAACACGAUCAUUGACUCUGACCGAAUCGUGGUGCUGGACAAGGGCCGUGUGGUUGAGUUCGACACCCCUGCCGAGCUGAUCAAGCAAGGCGGUAAAUUCUAUGAGCUGGUCAAGGAGGCCGGGUUGCUUGACAGCGACGGCAACGCCAUUGUGCAGUGA